UACUUCGCUGCACUUCCAACCGCCAGGCCAUCGGGCAAUGUGAGUUCAAUGUCGCUGAAGGCGGCGGCAACCCAAAGGAGACCUGCUCUGCUUUUUUCCCACCUCGUGAGCAACUAUCAAAGUUAUUGUGCACUGUGGAAGGAACGAGCCCGCAGCCCGGGUCCCUCCAUGGGGGUGGUUCGUGGUGCCUCGAUGCGGAGAAACUGGAGGCCAAGAGCAAGACGAGUGACAACGACUACACCGAAGUGCACGCGGUGUGUGCGGGGGUGCAGUGCGAGGCGGGCAAGGUGAAGGUGAAGUACCUCGGCAGCGACGCGUGGCAGGAGUGCCCCGAGGGGAAGUUUGUCACGCCGAAGUCGGCGUAUUUCAAGGACGGCGGCAAGAUCAAGUGCCCGAAGUACGAGGAGGUGUGCACCAUCGCCGCCAACGGCAGCAGCCUCGUCAAACCCAGCCCCGCUGACAAGGACGUCAAAAAAGCCGACACGGACAGCAAAAAAGAAGACAAGGACGUCAAAAAGGACGACAAGGACAGCAAAAAAGAUAAGGACGGCAAAAAGGACAAAGACGGCAAAAAAGAGGACAAGGACAGCAAAAAAGAGGACACGGCCAGCAAAAAAGACAAGGACGGCAAAAAAGACGACGCGGCCGGCAAGAAGGACAAGGACGGCAAAAAAGACGACACGGCCAGCAAAAAAGACAAGGACGGCAAAAAAGACGGCCACGGUGGCAGUGCUGCUGUUGUCUCCAGUCUGCUUGUCCUCGCCACGGUCACGGCGGCGGCGGCGGUAAUGCCGCUUUGA